AUGAAUCAGUUGCCCACUACAGUAAACCCACAUCAGCCUGGCACACUUCCUAGUAACAGCAUCAAGAAUUCGAAAAAUGAUGGGCAUUGUAUGGCAAUCACUACUCGAGGGGGUAAACAGACCAUUGAUCCUCCUAUGCCGUCUGAGGUUGAAAUUGUGGUUGAAAAAUAUGAUGAUGAGCUUGAGGUUACUGAAGAGUCCAAGAAUGCUACAGAGAAGGAAGUGGAGGUGACCCAAAAAGUUUUUCACAUGCCUAGACCUCCACCGCCAUUCCCACAGAGAUUAGUGAAGAAGACUGAAGAAGGAAAAUACCGUAGGUUAAUUACUAUGUUGAAACAGCUUUCCAUCAAUGUUCUGUUGAUAAAGGCUUUGGAGAAAAUGCCUGGGUAUGCAAAGUUUAUGAGGGUUGUUGGCUUUGAGAAUGAUGAGAGGUUGCAACAUUGUUGUAUUAUUGCUACUAGGUCACUUGUGCUUAAGAAAGAGGAUCCUGGUGCUUUUGCUAUUCCUUGUACCAUAUGGUUGUUGCAUUUUGCGAAGGCGUUGUGUGAUUUGGGUGCUAGCAUUAAUCUAAUGUCAUUAUCUAUUUACAAGAAGUUGGUUUUAGGGGCUCUAAAACCGACUGUGAUGCGAUUACUCAUGGCCCAUAGAACUGUGAAGAAGCCCAUUGGUGUUCUCCAAGAUGUACUGUGA